UGUUCUCCAGGAAACGUCAUGAUUGACGUCUCAGAUAACUGUCCAACAUGAAACGGUAGUUUCCUCAAAGGAUGCAGAAGUCAGAGUAAUUUUUUCCACGCAACAGAAUCAUGGCAAGGGGUCAACAGGCCGACCAGGAGCUCACUGAGGUGCUGAACCAACUCUGGCAGCUGGAUACCAACCGCCUCAGGCCGGGGACUGAUUACAUAAUUUCCCUCCAGGGACGGGCAGGUUAUGUGGCUCAGGGCAGUAACUAUGCCAGAGACAAAGCCAGUGCUCCACUCUUCGCAUAUGUCAACGAAGACAAAGUCAAGAGUAUUGAAACAUUUGCACAUUUCAUCAACUUGCUGGACAACUAUGAGAUGUCCACAGGUGUGUCAGAGACGGUCACUUCAGAGGAGCUUCAAGAGAACAGGCUGUUUAUCAAUUCCAUAGUGGAGACAGACGUCAUGAAGUGUGCUCACAAGUAUCUGGUCAGGAAGGGGCAGUCGCCAUCAGACCCUUCACAGUUCAAGAGACAGCUGUACGACAUCUGGUUCCGCCUCUACCACAGGGAGAGGGGUGGAGGUGAAGAUUCCUGUGGAUUUGAACAUGUGUUUGUUGGAGAAACCAAAUUCGGCCAGGAGAUCAUGGGUCUUCACAACUGGGUCCAGUUCUACCUGCAGGAAAAACACGGCCAUGUUGACUACAAAGGUUACAAAGCGAGAGACAACAAAGAUACACCUGAUGAAGACGACCAUGUCCUGAACCUGCAGUUCAGCUGGAAGGGCUUGGUGAAACCGGUUGGCGGCUCCUUCAUUGGUGUUAGUCCUGAGUUCGAGGUCGCUCUCUUCACCAUCAUCUUCCUCAUGUCGAGUUCGAAGAUGACGUCUGUGGUAGUAAAAGUGGACGAGUACAUGCUGGAGCUGGUUGUGUAUCGGCAUGGGCGAUCAAUUGGCACAUCUUACCCUAAACUGCUCAGCAGCAACAACAGGGAUUUGUAAUACUUUGUUUCUCAAGCUGUCAACUGUCCUGUAGCAUUUACAUGUUGACUUAAUUUGCAUGCAGUAUAAUCUCAAAACAAACCUGGAUCAGGUUCUCUUUGCACUAAACUUCCGGCUUUAACUAUCUAUAACAAGCACAGAGGUUUUAGCCUAAACCUCCUGAUCUGGAUUCAUGUAAGGAAUAUAAAUUGUUAUUAAACGCAUUUGUUGAAUUAAUAAAACUGUCUUUGUUUAUGAA